AUGGAGGCCACCACCAGUGUGUGGACGCCACCACAAUACGACUUGUCGAGAACUCCGAAAUUAGUCCAUACAGCCUAUCUUUCUCCAGAUGCAGAGUAUCCUCAUAACUUUGCUCGACUGGUGAAAUGGUGCCCAGAUGGCUCGCUUGCCCUCGCGCAGUGCGAGAACAGGUCUUUGCAAUUUCUUAACCUACCUCCUGAGCUCCUUGAUUCCACGGUCGCCCACGCUGUAGUCCCACCACCGCCACCCGUAGUGCCUCGAACAUUUAUUCAACCCUCCCCAUUAUUGGAUUUUGCAUGGUAUCCUUCUGCCAGCUCCAGAGAUCUAGCCUCAUUCUGCUUCGUGGUGUCUGUCCGUGAGUGCCCGGUCAAGCUCCUCGACGCCACGGAUGGAAGACUUCGAGCUUCAUACAAGAUCGUUGACCACCGCGAACGCCAAAUCGCCCCCCACAGUCUGGCGUUCAAUGUAACAGCCGACAAACUCUAUUGCGGGUUCGAAGACGCGAUUGAAGUGUUCGACGUCUACUACCCCGGUGAAGGUACCAGGUUACAUACGACCCCGAACAAAAGAAGCCGGGAUGGCCUCAAAGGGAUCAUCUCCGCUUUGGCAUUCGCGGCGGACACAUCUUCGGGAAUAUAUGCCGCAGGCUCUCUCAGUCCAUCAGCGCCCUCGUCAUCCAACAUCGCUCUCUUCAGCGAAACGACCGGUGAAGUACCCGUGAUGUUUGUUGGCGCUGAAAAACGGCGGAACGGGGCAGGGUUUGGUAUCCGGGCUAGCGUCAGCCAGUUAAUGUUUAAUCCAACCCAACCAUAUCUUCUAUAUGGAUCCUUCCGACGAAACGACGUGAUCUACAACUGGGACCUUAGAGGCGAUGUCAGUAAUCCAGUGCAGACAUUUGGCGGGCACGGCUCACCCUUCCCCAACAUGAGUAAUCGGCGUAAGACGAAUCAGAGAAUGAGGUUCGAUGUCGAUAUUAGCGGGCGAGUGCUGGGCAUUGGCGAUCAGGACGGACAUGUGUCUCUCUUUGACGUCACCUCAGGCGAUCUCGCAGAAGCCGCGGUAGGUGGAGGGAAUGCGAGCGCUUCUGCGGCGAGGGAAAGGGAGACCCACGCAGCCCUACGAUUCAAAGCACAUGACGAUGCAGUGGGAUCUGUCGUUUUCCAUCCACUUCGCCCCUACCUCCUGUCUGUCUCAGGUUCACGACAUUUCGAUGGGGCGCGCGAUAGCCAUAGCCACGAAUCGGAUGAAUCUUCAAGCUCAGACUCUGAAUCUGACGGGGAAGAGGAAGGGGAUGGUUCGACGGAGGGCACUCCCCGUACGGGCAAAAAUGCGAUAGUGAAGAUGAGCCGCGUACGCCCUCAGCCUCGCACCUUCGAUAGCAGUGCAAAAUUAUGGAACCUUACUGUGGAGGAGGGUUAA